AUGCUGAGUGUAGAUAAAGUGAAACAUGUGAUGGGGUCUAAAGAACCAAUAGAAAAGCAACAAGGUCAAACGUUGGAGAAUGUGCAGCCGUCUCCAAAUCGUUUCGUUGAUGUGGAGAACAACGAUAGUUCAUCUAAUCAAGAUGAGAAAAACUUAAGGCCAGCAGGUGACUCACUGGUUAAUACAUCAAAGGUAGCUGUAGAAACCACUGCUCCCAUAAUUGAGUCUACACCAGCGACAAAAACCACUGGGGAAGCACCAGUAACAACCGAAACAACAACUUCUAAUCCAUUUGAAGGACUCUCCUUCCAAGUCGGAGUUGCUGAGAACAAGAAUGUAAAUUAUAGAGCAACUAUGGAAGACGUGCACACCUAUGUGGCGAACUUUGCUGAAAGAUUGGAUUGGGGUUAUUUUGCUAUAUUUGAUGGACACGCAGGUAAGCAAACUGCGCGUUGGUGUGGUAAUAACUUACAUUCCUUAUUAGAACAAGAAAUUGUGUCUGAGCCGUCUGAAGGUGAGGUAGAUUUGCGUGAGAGUAUGUGCAAAGCAUUCGUUAAAGCAGAUGAAUUGAUCCUGAAAGAACCAACUGGAAAUUCCGGCUGUACUGCUGCAGUGGCAGUGUUACGUUGGGAAGAAUUGUCUAGUACGGAUUUGAAACUGCUGUCUGCUGAGCUGUCGAAGAAUUUGCCCUUGGAUAAUGAAACACUGAAAUCUUUUGACUUUGUCCCUUCAAAUCAUCGUAGAAUGUUAUAUACGUCGAAUGUGGGUGACCUGCGGAUUAUAUUGUGUCGUAAGGGACAACCGUACAGACUCUCGUAUGACCAUAAGGCUAGCGAUCGUCAUGAGAUUGCGCGGAUUAGAGACGCUGGUGGUCUCAUUAUGAAAAAUAGAGUCAAUGGUGUUCUUGCAGUGACACGAUCAUUGGGAGACUCUUAUAUGAAAGAAUUGGUGAUUGGGAAACCAUAUACCACUGCCACAGAAAUAGUGGUCGAUGAUGAGUUCAUGAUUUUGGCUUGUGAUGGACUCUGGGAUGUAGUUCUGGACCUUCAUGCUGUUCAAUUUGUACUGAAGGCAUUAAAUGAUGGGCUUACUGUGUCUCAAGCUGCUAAAAAAUUAUGUCAAUUGGCCAUGGACAACUCAACAACUGAUAAUGUUACUAUUAUGGUGGUUAAGUUCGAUCAGAGUGUAUUUGCAUUGGGACACGCGGUACAGAAACUUGGAUUGAGUAGUUAG